GAUAUAUUUGCCAUUGGCUUUGAGGAGAUGGUUGAAUUGAAUGCAGGAAAUAUUGUCAACGCAAGCACAACCAACCAGAAGCUGUGGGCUGCAGAGCUUCAGAAGACCAUAUCCCGGGACAAUAAGUAUGUUCUGCUGGCAUCGGAGCAGUUGGUCGGUGUAUGCCUCUUCAUCUUCAUUAGACCCCAGCAUGCCCCUUUUAUCAGGGAUGUUGCAGUGGACACGGUGAAGACUGGAAUGGGAGGAGCCACAGGAAACAAAGGUGCAGUCGCCAUCAGAAUGCUGUUCCAUACCACCACCCUCUGCUUCGUCUGUAGUCACUUUGCUGCUGGACAGUCU